AUGUCAGCACAAGGCGCAUUCCACCGCCUCCUCAGUUUCUUCGCCCACCGCUCCCCACGACCCAACACCUCCACAAUCACCUUCAUGGACUCCCUCCGCGGCGACCUCUCCAUCGGCCUAAACUUCCCCGUCGCAGUCCUCCUAGCCACAAUCCGACAUCUCGUCUUCCGAAACACCGGUUUCUGGUCCUUGACAAUCCACGUUCCCACCGUACGCACAUCACGAAAACUACUUGGUGGUCCAUCGGCGUGUAAAGGAUUGGACGAGGAUAAAAGAUAUGGGUGUGGGGAAUUGGUGAGCAUGGCGAAAGAGGAUGGAGUGAUUGCUCAGGCUGAUGCUGUGGGGUUGUGGAUGCUUGCUGCGGAGAAGGAUGGUAAGGUCAAGGGGGAGGAGGUUAGGUUGUUUCAGAAGGGUGAGAUUAUGGAGAGGAUUGCGGCGAGGAGGAAGGGUAUGGAUAAUGUUUUGCCCUUUUGGAGGGGUGGACCUUUGAUUGCUUCUGCUCACUCCUGGGCUGUGAAAAAGGCCUUUGAUGUUGAGGUCUAUAAUGGUCACAAGAGAGCAUGA